CGCGCUGGAACGGAAACGAGGAGAAACUUUUGUGGGCGCACUUAGGGGGGUGUAAUUUCCGAUGAAUAUUUUUAUCCUCGGCCUUGUCCUUGCACUUGAACGAUUAUAUGCGAAUAAUCAACGCAUGCAAUGCGCCGGAACCGGCGGCGUGCCCACAAUCAAUUCGAUUGUCGCUGCCGCCGCAACUCGUAACUAUUCGUGAUGUAAUCCAAUAAAAAAAAAACUAUACACUUAGCGCGUUGUUGUAAUUUCAUUUUCAGAACAUUGCCGAUAAACACAGUUUCGUGUCAACUGCAAACAACGUUUCGUAAUCGGAGGUUUUUUUCUACGCUGGUCGAUGACGAAACGGCAUUGUUUGUUUAUUUGUUCGCGCUGUUCGGCGAUGUCGCACACACCACGUACCUAGAUUUAAUUCAUACGUCUAUGGUUCGUGCCGGUAAAUAUACGUGCCACAAUUUUAAGGUCAUUCGAUGAUAACAGCGCACAAUUAAUGUGCGAUGGUGCAUUGCACGGCGGACUUUUGUCAGAUUCGUCAGCAUCGAUCCGUACAAUUGCUCGGAAUCAGUUGGAAGGUAGCUGGCGGUGGCGUGUCAAAUAUUUCCUGAUCUGAUUUUAAAAGUGUAGUAAUCGAUUGGUGACGCACGGCGCAUGAUCAAGCGCGCACGCGGCGGCAACAUCACCCCUGCGCGUUUCUGAGGGGCGGCAUAAAGAAAACACCGUCGGUGGACGCCGCCUCACAUCUGUACCGCCGGCUUUUGUGAUGGGUUCUUCGCUUGCUUGCGGUUUACUUCUGACGAAAUAAAGAUGACUACGAAAUCACCGAGAAAGUCAAACUUUCCCGGCUCGUUGACUGACCUGCACCGGUUUCGACGCACUGCACACGGUCAUGAUGGAUCCAGCAGGAUUGUCAUGGUGCGCAAAACCGAUCAGAGGACAUUUGCGUCCAUACAGAACGGAAAGGAACCUAUGUUGGAAACUGUUACGAGGGAAACCAUUGAGACUUUUAGGGGACAACGCACUGCUUGCAAGAUUACCACUGAGAAGAAGAAUAGAGAGGAGACGGUACCGCCUGAUUUGGUGGAGACCUUAGCUGAGAAAGCGGAUAGGUCCAGGCGGGGUACCCCAGUAAAAACUUCAAAAAAUUUACAGGCUAAAACUCUCGAACAAUUUCAAACCGAAUGUCUACAAGAUCAUAACAUGUACAGACGGAGACAUGGUGUGACGCCUUUGAAAUUGAACAAACAAAUGUGUAAGAGCUGCCUAGAUCAUGCUACUUUUUUGCUCAAAAAGAAUAAUCUACAACACAGCAGCAACAAGAAAUACGGUGAAAAUAUCUACUUUAUUUCGUCACCGUCCCUCAAUCCGAAUACUGAUAUCAAAGGAAGUGAGCCGGUUGACAUGUGGUACCGCGAAGUGAAGAAGCAUGACUUUACCAAGGAACCAACACUUCUAUCAACGGGACAUUUUACGCAAGUAGUAUGGAAGGAGAGCCAAGAACUUGGCGUGGCGUUUGUUGCCGCGAAGGGUAAACUCGUCGUUGUCGCACAGUAUUAUCCUCCGGGGAAUAUCAUUGGGUCGUUUGUCGAAAACGUCCCACCACUUGUGACGAACAUUAACAACAACAAUUGCAUAUCGACGCUGAACAUUUCCAAGACGGCGAAGAGUAGCUUCAAUGCCGCCAUUUUAGACGCACAUAAUAAAUAUCGCAUGUUACAUGGCGCACGCCCGCUUGAGUUGGACGCUAACUUGUGUAGGUUUAGCGAAGAAUGGGCAAAGAUGUGUGCUGAACGUGGUAUAAUGGAACAUCGCAAGAAUAAUCCCUAUGGUGAGAAUAUUUUCUGUAUUCAUAAUGCCGAUCCGAACUUUGUCAUCUCUGGUAACAUGCCGGUGGACUCCUGGUAUGAGGAGCACCAGGCGCAUCCUUUUGGUCGUGAACCUAGCAAUUUAUCCACGGGACAUUUUUCACAAGUUGUGUGGAAAACCAGUGAAAAACUGGGCGUUGGCGUUGCCACCCGCAAUGGCUAUACGUAUAUUGUGGCAAAUUACAGCCCGGCUGGUAAUUUCGUCGGCCAUUUUGCGGAGAGUGUUCUCCCAGCUGGUAGUCUUGCGACUCCGGAUCAGGAGCGAGUUAGUUUUGGGGAUGAAAUUGGUUUUGAUCAGUUUCAACUUGAAGCGCUCAAGUAUCACAAUGAAUAUCGCAAGAAACACAAUGCUCCGCCGUUGACAUUGAAUAAACAAUUGAGUAUUUUCGCUCUGGAGUGGGCGCAACACUGUGCGUUUCAUGGAAUGUCGCAUCGGCCGAAAAACGAAUAUGGUGAGAAUACCUACAUGGUGUAUUCGUCUGAUUUUAGCUUUACGCCAUGCGCCAAAGAUGUAGUCAGUACGUGGUACGCACAAAAACGGCAUCAUAUCUUUGGCUUGGAGUGCGUGAAUAUGAACACGCUGCAUUUCACGCAGUUGGUGUGGAAGGAAACCAGUGAAAUGGGUAUUGCUCUGGCGAAAAACAGCAAAGGUGAGACGUACGUGGUCGCCAAUUAUAAUCCUAGGGGCAAUGUGGUUGGGCACUUCAAUGAAAAUGUACUGAAGGCCAAGGUUGUUUGACGAUUACCUAAACGGGGAAUUAAGUCGAGCGAGAGGUAGAUUGGGACUUAAUAGAUUGAAGAGUGAGCACCAAGACGGGUAUGAAUCUAACAGGUGAUAUUUGCCGUGCCAGUAUUUGAUAUGUACAUCAAGAAAUGUUUCUUGUUCGCGGAUUUGACUUUCGAAUUGUCGUUUCAUAUAUUGUAGGCAAUUUUGAUCACAUUUUAUCCAACUAACAAAUUAUUGUGGGGUAGGUAGUUUGAUCAUUGUAAAUCCAAUCCUUCCAUGGUUGAUUAACCAUCUUGUUACUUGAACUAUACUAAUUAACAUGUUAUGUAUUUAUACAUAUAUUAAUAAUUUUCACAACAUAAAUACAAUGACAUAGUUCAAAAUAA